AUGUCUUGUAUAAUUCCAAUUAUUGUUGGUAGUUCAUUGAUAUUUGCUAAGGUUAUCACUAGAGAAACAGAAGAGCAAUUAAAUACAUAUUCAAAAGCUGAACAAAUCGCUCAAGAAGUAUUUAGUUCAUUAAGAACUGUUCUUUCAUUCAAUGGAAGUAAAUGCCAACAAAAACAAUAUGAAAAAGAAUUAAAAUUAAAUGAAUGGUAUACUGUUCGCAAAGAUGAUGCAUUUGGUACUUUUAUGGAUUGGUUAUUUUUUAUAAAUUUUCUAGUUUAUUCAAUUGGUUUCACUUUUGGUUC